GGACAUGGUGACGGGAUGGCCCGCAUCACAGACGCCUUCCCCCUGCACCUGCUCGUCUGGCACAACCGGCACCAGGCGCUGGACAGCGAGCUGCGCAAGGGACAGCACGAUAUUGAGAUGCUGGACCCACGAGGCCGAACGCCCCUGGAGCUGGCCGUGUGCCUGGGGAACCUGGAAUCCGUCCGGGUGCUGUUGCGACACAAUGCCAGUGUGGGCCAGGAGAAUGCCAAUGGCUGGACAGUCCUGCAGGAGGCAGUAAGCACAGGGGACCCAGAGAUGGUACAGCUGGUGCUCCAGUAUCGCGAUUACCAGCGGGCCACACAGCGCCUAGGCGGUAUCCCAGAAUUGCUCAACAAACUGCGCAGAGCUCCUGAUUUCUACGUGGAGAUGAAGUGGGAGUUUACCAGCUGGGUGCCCCUGGUCUCCAAGAUAUGCCCAAGUGACGUGUACCGGGUGUGGAAGCGUGGGGAAAACUUGCGGGUUGACACCACCUUGCUGGGCUUUGAGCACAUGACCUGGCAGCGGGGCCGCCGCAGCUACAUCUUUAAAGGCGAAGAUGAGAAUGCUGUGGUGAUGGAGGUUGACCACGACAAGCAGGUGGUGUACACUGAAACGUUGUCUCUAGCCUUGCAUGAGCCGGAGCUGAUGCUGGCUGCCAUGCAGCCUUCCGAGGAGCACGUGGCCAGCCGGCUCACUUCGCCCAUCGUCUCCACCCACCUGGAUACCAAGAACAUUGCCUUUGAGCGGAACAAGUCUGGCAUCUGGGGCUGGCGCUCUGAGAAGAUGGAAAACAUCAGCGGCUAUGAAGCCAAGGUUUACAGUGCCAGCAACGUGGAGCUUGUCACCAAAACCCGUACUGAGCACCUGUCAGAUCAGGACAAGACACGCAACAAAGGUUCUAAGACUCCAUUCCAGUCCUUCCUGGGAAUUGCCCAGCAGCAUGCUGCCCAGAAUGGGGCUCCUGUGCUGCAGUCAGCCAGUCCAACCAACCCAACGUCUAUUACCCCUGAGGAAUACUUUGACCCCAACUUCAACCUGGAGUCCCGCAAUAUUGGCCGCCCUAUUGAGAUGUCCAACAAGGUGCAGAGGUUCAAGGCCACUCUGUGGCUCUGCGAGGACCAUCCCCUCUCCCUGGUGGAGCAGGUGACGCCCAUUAUUGACCUGAUGGCUAUCAGCAACGCCCACUUUGCCAAGCUGCGUGACUUCAUCACCCUCAAGUUACCUCCUGGCUUCCCUGUCAAAAUCGAAAUCCCUCUCUUCCACGUGCUGAAUGCCCGGAUCACUUUUAGUAACUUGUGCGGCUGUGAUGAGCCGCUGAGCUCAGUGCGAAUCUGUACUCCCACCCACACCCCAGAGAGCACCGAGGAGCCGACUGCUGGGGCAGAGGCAGCCAACAACACCAAAGUGUACCCUUUCCCCUGCGAGGUGGACCCAUCAGUUUUUGAGGUGCCCCAGGGCUAUACAAUGUUGGGCGCAGGUCGUACAGAGCCCAUGCGGGACGAGGAUGAUGACCUGCUCCAGUUCGCCAUUCAGCAGAGCCUCUUGGAUGCUGGCACAGAGACAGACCAGGUGACCAUCUGGGAAGCUCUGACCAACACACGGCCAGGAUCCAAUCCUCCGUCCUAUGAUGAGGAGCUACAGCUGGAACGGGCUAUCCAGGAGAGCAUGUUCCUUCAGGCGGGGCCAGGCCUGAGCCCAGUGGAGUCUGGAGGUGGCAACGGAGGCGCUCCUCCUCCCGAGAGCAGCCCACCUCUCAGCACCAAUGGGGGUGGCUCCUCGGCCUUGCCCCCGCCCUACCCCAGCUUUGACGAGCAGCUGCGCUUGGCCAUGGAGCUGUCUUCGAGGGAGCAGGAGGAGAGGGAGCGCCAACGCCGCGAGGAGGACGAGGAGCUGCAGCGCAUCCUCCAGCUCUCUCUGACGGAGAAGUAGCGUCCCAGCCUCCCUCAAGCCUCACACCGCCCAGCCUAGCUGUCCUUGCCGUCAUUGUAUUUUUAACCUCUGGGGGUGGGGUGGGUUUCAUGCUUUGCCCCUUCCCAGUUGAGGGUCAGGCUGGAUGUGAGAAGACAGCACCUUCUGCAUUUCCUGGGACUCACUCGGUUCCAUCCUCUGGUAUUAUUUCCUGUAAGAUUUUUUUUAAAAAUUGCUUUAUAUCCUCAACCUUCACUGAGGAAAUGUUUUCUACAGCACAGAGAGGCAGGUUGGAGAAGAGGAGCAGCAACAAAUAAGAAGGAGACGGGAUGUGGGGCGGGGGGGGGGGGAGAGACGUUGAGGAAAUUUUUAUCACCUCGGCAUGAGAUUUUUCUGAGACUGAUGGUGAAUGUGCUGCUUUCUCUUUCCUUGCAAGGGUUUGGGCCUGUUGAGGACGGGACCAAGUUGGGGAAGUGGCAAUAGAAGGCGGUGGGGAAGCCUGGAGCUUGAUGCGCUGAUGUUUUGCGGUGAGACCUGAAACCAGGCUGCCGUGUGAUGAAUAAUUUUCAGUCCCGCGUUUUAUUUUCCUCCUCAUUGCGAGCUGCUGCUCUCCCUGCCCCCCUUAUUUUUAAUUUAUUUUAUUUAUAUCUCUGAAGAUAUAUACAAGAAGGGGAGUGGGAGGUAUGUGGUUAUUUUUUUUUUUAAGAAACUGAACCCAGUGGGUCUAAAGGGAACAGCUGUGCCCACUCCUGAGCGGCUUUCUCCUGUCGUCUGGGAACCAGGCACAGGGGGCUCUGGGCAGCAGGAACUACUAAAUAAAACUAAGAAACCAG